CAAAUCGACCAUUAGAAAAAUCGGCUUUCUUUAAUCUUAGUCUAGCAAAAAAUCAUUAGCAGGUUGAUAGACUUACCUAAUCAUGCAUUUUUGUGAAUUUAAAAAAAACAGGUUUUUUUCUAGAAAAUUUUGUCUUAUCUCGUGUUGUAGUGUUCUUUUUGUAUAGCAAAUCCUUGGAUGGAAAGUAUUGGGGUUAAAAUAGGUCACGAAUUCUUUAAUUCUUUUUUAAAAUGGAAAAAGGCACGUGGUCUGGGAGGAUGGCUCCCCGUUAAAACCAAAAAAAAAAAAAAAAAGAAUUCGCAAAGUCGAAAUCUGUUCGUUUGUAGUAAGGAGAUCAAAAUUUAGUUAAUGUGUUUCGUUGUUGGCAAAGUCCGUUGUCUGAAAGCGUUAAUUGUUGUAUUAUACAUGCCAAAUUAUUUUCCACCAUAGAAUACAAUGUUUAUUGAUUCUAAUAAAACAUUCCAUCUUCUUGAUAACAACAUUUAUACUACACUAGGUUGCUUCAAUUGACUUUUCGCUGAACUUCAAACAUAGUUUUGAUAACAAACUUUGUAAACGCAAAAUUGGGGAAUUGAAAUGGUAAUUAGUUUUGAUUAAGGCAAUUUACAGAACGGCAGGGGGUAGGGGUAAUCUCCGAUCUCCUACGGAAUACAAGCCCUGAUCGUGAUUGCUAGAAAAGUUGAAUCGCUUCAAGCGGUUCUGAUAUUUCAGCCUCCGCUGAGCGUAUUAUCAUUACGUGUUUCUUUUUCAAGGGAAGUGCAAACAAAUUCAACAUUUACUCUUUUUCAAAUUGAAUUGUAUGUCUGAAAGUUAAAAGCGAAUCUUGUGCAAGGUCCCGCCCUCCGCCCGCCGUCAUGUCCAGUGGUGUCGUCCUGUGGAGCAUCGCGUACUCGUGCGCAGCGAUCAUCAUUGUCAGCGGUAACUCCCUCGCCAUCGCUGCCUUCUUCACCAGCAAGAAACUAAUGCGCAUGCGCGCAAGCUACUUCCUCGUCAGCCUCGCCGUGGCGGAUAUGCUAAUUGGCAUCAUAACGAUCCCAAUGUACAUAGCGCUGCUGCAUUACCACGUGGUUAGCAAGGAGUACCAAAGCGUGUUUACGGCGGUGGAUAUCGCGUCGGGUUCCGCGUCGGUCUUCACACUAACGACCAUCUCCAUAGAACGUCUGUACUCUUUCUGGUUCCCCUUGCAUUACAGAGCAAACAACGCCCCGCGCACGUACCUCGGGGUGGUGGCUGGCGUUUGGUGCUUGUCCGGGAUUAUCACCACCUUGCAUAUUCUGUACCGAUACCACAUCAUUUCGUAUACGCAUUUCUUUUACGUGAUGAUGUCUGCUCUAAGUUUUUGUCUUCUCGCCAUGUGUAUGGCUUACGUAGGUAUCUUCCUUCGUGUGAGAAAGCACUACCGGCAGAAUCAAUGCGCGCAGCGUAACGAGCGUCGCUUCGUCUACAUGUUGUUCACCAUCACCGCUCUGUUUGUGGUCACGUGGCUACCAUUUCACUUGCUAAACAUCGUGAAUUUCUUCUGUGACUUUUGCCUCAUCAAGUCUCUGCCUCACCAGUUGCUGUUUGCAUGCAAGUUUCUGCAUUACACCAACUCGCUGGUUAACCCGAUCAUAUACUCGUUUCAAAUGCCAGAGUUUAAGAAGACUGUCAAAAGCUUGGUUGGUUGCGCCGCACGAGGUGACGAGUCAAGACGAGUAGAAGAGAUACCUCUAGCGCGCAUGCGUAAAAGAGAUGACGCUGACACGACACAGGUACCGAUGUAGCCGCCUACAGAGAUGCGUUAACUGGUAAACUCAGAAAAAGGUUUUACGGAAGGUCCGGCAACAGCUGCUAGAAGACGAAACGCAAAAUCUGUUCUGGGUAAGGAUGGAUAGCCCGAGUAUCAGGCGAUUUUAUCUUUCAAAAGCCGGAGAGGAAAAUAAAACUACGCCUGACACAAACACUAGACGCGAUGCCUGCCGCCCCUUUUCAGGCCGCUGUCAAAAGACAUCGGCUGUCAAUUGUCAAUUGUGACUCACGUGGUAGCACAAUCAAAUGCCCAAAUCAACUUAUAAACAGUAUUUAUGUUAAACAAAAUUACAGUGGUGUUAUAUGCAAGGGUAAUAAUUUAAGUAACGACGAACAUCGAACUUUAUGUCAAUUUGAAUGUUUAAAGAAACUGUAGAGGAAAACGCAAAAUAGUUUACGGCGCAAGAGAUUUACAGUUUACGUAUAUGACUGCAGAUCCACACAUCAAUAAAUUACUACAUAUAUUCACAUUACCAAUUUACUAAACAGGGUUUUUUUGUCUAAAUAGACAAACUUCUGCUUGAACACAAAUUUGAUAGAUAAGCUCACUCGAUCAACUCGCGGGAAGUACCGCAAACAACCCCAAGAAUUCUUCGCUCUCACAGCUCCUGGUCUAUCCUAGAAUUUGACAACUACUUCUAAUGAUAUCCGCCCAUAUUUGUAUCAGGCCCUCUUUUUAUUGCUUCUAGGUAUAUACUUCACAGGGAACGAUAAAAGGGCCUGACGCACAUACAGGAUAAACCAAAUUCAUUUCACUUUGUACAUAUUAGAAAGCGAAUAGACAGUUUAUUAGAUUGCAAAAAUACAUCAUAGCAAAAUGUAGACAUUGUUAUAAAGGAUACAGGAUAUAUAUAGUAUAGUAAAUUCACAUUGUUAUUUACAGAUAACACGUCUGUAAUGGGAGACAAGAUAGUUAGCCUCAAUUUAGUUUUGCUAUCAGGAGAUAAUAUGUAUAGUAUUGUUCUUGGUAGUCUUUUAAGAAAAAAAAAAAAAAAAAAAAAGGCAUCCACUGAGACUCGAACCAGGUACCUUUGCGCUUGUAGUCCAAUGCUCUAGCCACUUACUAGACCACUACGGAAAUCGGGUGUCAUGCACUACUUUCCCGCGGAAAGGGCAAAACUGAAAAAACCACCAAUCAUGGAAAACAUGCUAAAAUGCUCAUGUUGCGAAUAUUUUAUAAUUCAACAAUAGUUUUAAGGUUAAAUGAUUAAAUCUCGAAAUACACCGAGUUUAAGUUAUAAUUACGAAGUUUCAAAUUUUAUUUUGUAGCGAAUUAUAUAAGGAAUUUUUAUUGACAAAAAAUCUCUAAAUCUUUGGAAAAUAGAAAUAUAGUUAUAUGCCGCUAUCUUACAAUGUUAUUGGUUUAAAAUCUCGUGCUAUUGUAUAGAUUAUCCGAGUAAAGCGAAUUUCUGUCUG